ACUAAACAUUCCAGUGCGACAUCCGAAGAGGAUAAAGUACGCACCUGUGGCCGGCUAACUACUUAGAAGAUUAAUACUAAUAUUGUUACUUUAAAGGUUGUUCGAGGUUUUAGGCAUAAUUCGCCAUUAAAUUGCUUAUUGAGAAGAUGGUGCUGGCUAGCUUGACGGCUAACACUGUCUUAACACACCUUUGCAGGGCGGAGGGGUGAUAUUAAAAUUCGUAUUACGAAGGUGAGCUUUUGCAUAACGCGCAAAUGUCAAAAGCCCAGUUCAAGAAAAAGGAGUCCACUUCCAGCAAAAUAUCCGACGUGCAGGCAGAAGUAUGUUCUGUACCCAUCGCUUCAGCCGAGAGCCUGGACGACGUGUGGCCCGAGUGGACCGACGGCGACGUCUACAGGGAGAAAUGGGACAAAGUGCCAGACGAUCCCAAGAAUGUCAAGGCUCCCAGUUCAACUGUGUACUUUGAAGAUCCAGAGGGGAAAAUUUGCCUUCCGGCUUCUUUGAAAGUGCACUACUGGAAGCGCCCUACAGAGUUCCUUGUCAACAUGGUGCCCACAGUUGUUGAGAACACACUGAACUUUGACCUUGUGUCCUCCAACCAACAUCUGCUUUGCAGCGAGCUGAUGAGAUGGAUCAUCAGUGAGAUUUAUAUCGUUUGGAAAGUCUUCCACCACCCUGAAGCUUCAGACCAACACGGCUGGAAACCUUGGGAGCACAUCUACUCGCUGUGCAAGCCGGGGAAGGGCCACGUGCCGCUCUUCAACAGCUACGGGAAAUACCUGGUUCGACUCUUCUGGAUGGGUUGCUGGAGGAAGAUAACAGUGGACGAUUCCAUGCCCUUCGACCGAGACCACAAUCUGCUGCUGCCGGCGUCCAGCUGUCGGUCAGAGCUGUGGCCCAUGCUGUUGGCCAAGGCGCUCGUCAAAGUUAUUAACACGAGGCCGCUCAGUGAAAAUGUCAACAGAAAUAAAAUGGCGCAGCUGUCCGACGAGAUCGGAGAGUUCAACUUCAUCCACCACCUUACCGGCUGGAUCCCGGAAAUCAGUCCGAUAAACUACAUGUGCCGGAGAAAAACCUGGGAUUUCUUACAAGGCAGCAUCCCGGAAUUCCUGCACAAAUGCGCAAAAAUGCAGCAGCAGAAGAACUACCACCAAUCGAGGAGGAGUUCUGCCCUCGGGGAACACAGGAGCCAUCGGGACGUGGACAAAAACUCAGGUAAAUUGGUGGUGUGCGCCAGCUUCUAUCCCAAUCAGCUACACGAUGAUCCCUAUGUGUACACCAAAAUGGCUGAUUCUUCGGAGGCUUUGCGCUGCUACAACCUCUGCUUGCGCCACAGCCACGUGGUCCUGCUGACCCAGACCCGAACGUGCCCCUUAGAGUUACCGUACGAAGCGCCGCCUGAGCCGCGAUGGAAACUGAUCCGCAAGAAAAGCAAGAAGCCUGUGAUCAGCGAUGAGCCACGGAUUAUUCCUUUGCCCGAACCGGAGGAGUUCAUCGGCAUCGCCAGCCCCUUCAUCGACCAGCGUGUCAGGAGCCCUCCUCGCCCCACCAAAGAGUGGGUGGACAAGUGGAGCGUUCCGAGGAAGCAGCCCUACACGCCCCCUCUGGACCCCAUCGCCGAAGGGGCGGAGAACGAAGGCUGCGAGGCCCUCGAUACCGAUGCGGCUGAAAGCGACCUUAACUGUGAAACUGUCGUCGAGGAUGUGGAGGUUCCCGCAGAGGACAAGAAGAAGGACGACGAUGCCGUCUCCAUUGAUCCGCCCAGGAGUGUAAUUAAAGAACCCAUAGUCAAACCCAUACUACCAGAGGCUUGGGUGGAAUUGGAAGACUUUCCUAAAUGUUUCUGUCGCUUGUUGGUGUUCCAUAACCCCGAAACGUACCCACACCAAGCUCAGAAGUCUCUUCUUAAGUGUUCGUACGCGCGAGGGACUUACUACUUGUGCGUGGACAGCCUGCAACCUUCCCAGAUCCUCAUCAGUUUCUCUGGUCUGCUUCGCUGGGGAGAAAUAGACAGUAUCCAAGGCGGGCACACCAGAAAGAGCAGCACAGUGGUCAUUCAAUUGAUGCAAGCCAAUGACAUGUCAGCAGUUCGCUGCCCCGCCCUUCUGCAGGCCGCCCCGUUCCACUGGAAGAGCCGACAGUGUCAGCCGCCCAUAGUCACCAUCGAGACCUACUGCUCCAAAGCCACCGUGCUGAACCUACCCACAGGGCGCCAUGUUUUGUCCUUCCACACGUACGCAGAGCUGGGCUACCAUGUGCACCUGUGCAGCAAAACGCAUUUCUCCUUCGGGGAGGAGGACGCCAUCUUGUUGCUUUGUACCAAGGAAAGUCUUCGUUUCAGUGAGAAGGCAAAAGCUAUCAUGCGGGCCCUGUCCAAACUGGUGGCUUCCUUUCAUGACCGACACGGCCAAAAGCCUCACAUAAGACUCAACCUGGAGGAAGCGUGCAGUCCCAAACAAACCCCGCUGGAAAAUUGGCAGGUCCAAAAGGUGUUCAACUUGGCCGUCUAUCACAUGCUGCGCGAUGCCCUGGGAAGGGAAAUGACCCCGCAGGAGCGCUUUGCUGUGCUGGCCCUCACUGCUGACCCUUCACUGCUGGCGAGGGCACGCAGACCGCGCCCGCCUGCAUUCCUUCAGGAGUCCAAGGCUCCAGAAACAUGGGUUGACAGGCAGCCAACAGCGCAAGAGGUCAAGGCAGCAACUCUUCUCCAGGCUGCGUUCAAGGGACUCUUGGUGCGAGUGGUCCGCAAAUCCUCCAAAGCUGGCACCAAGGAGAGCAUCCGGACGUCGGCGCUGCUUUCCGAAAUGUGGUCCAAGGUGGAAUGUGACUUUGACAAACACGCGGCCUCCUUGCUCCGGUACAUGUUUGAGCUCUCCGACAGGGAAACCAUAAUCUACCCGUGUCAGCUGGAUGAAUGGACCAAAGUCGUCUUCACCGACUACUCCGUCAACCUCCCGGAGAAAGCCAACUCCUGGAUUUUGGUCUUUAGAGAGGUGUUCUUUUUCACUAAGGAGACAUUGCUGUUGCCAAAGGUCUAUAGUCCAGUCCCCUAUUCUCGGCUGCACGUCAUUAAUAACGACACCGGAGAAGAGCUGAACAAGCUCAUCACGAGAGUCCCGCCCCUCCUUUAUCAACCCAACGAGCUGGGCUACACUUUUUUCGCCGAAGUGCUCACGCCCGAAUCGCCACCCGCCAACGCCAAGUGGACGUUACGCUUGACCGCCACGCGAGAGCCUCUCCCGAAAUUGUCCCACGCGCCUCCGCUCAACACAUUUGCCGUGCAGGAAUUCCAAGAUUAUUACAUUCCCAACACUAACAAUAUCAUAUGUGGCUAUACUGUGAAGGUGACCGUGCCUCUCCUCGGCACCGUUCACUUCCAGACGUCCAGCCGUCACGUCAAGAUACGUCUGUCCAUCCUGGAGCACGAGACGGUAGUGGCCAGCGCCACCGGGCAAGGCCAAGUCGUCAUUCCCGUCGCCAACUUCCUGCCCAAUGAAGAGAAAGAAGAAGAGGAGGAGGAAGAAAAGGAGGAGGAGCCGUUAGCUCCCGGUGGCGCACUAGAGGAGAACCGGCACACGCCCCCAGCCCAGGAGGACGAGAUCAAGGCGUUAGACGACAGCCAGGAAGAAGACGAGGAGGGUAGUACGUCGGGGAAAUCGGACUGCGAAGAUGACCACUCGCCGCCGCCCACCAAGACGCCGGAUCACAGGUAUUUGGUGAGGGCAGAGGUGCUGUAUCACAGCUGGGAUUUGGAUGAGUCUCAGCUGGCUUUCGCCCAUCUGCUCAGUUUCAAAGCAACCCAAGUGUUCUUUCCGGAGGAAUUGACAGAAGCCAUCUCUGACAUGUCGGGAAGCGACGAGCAGAGCACGGACACGGCCAAAGUCAGCCGAAAAGGUGACGAUGACAAGGGGACCGGCAGCUCCUCGUCGGUCUCGAGGGAAGAAAUGGGCCUUGACCUUACUAAGGCCAACUACACGCUGCGCGUUGCGGUCGACAAGAGCCAAGCUGAGAGCAUCGUGGUGAAGAAGGACGUGGAGCGAAUAGAGCAAAUCAAGGCUAUUAAAAGAGCCUGGGAGGCGGCUGAACCGGGCCGCGCUGCCAAGGCGUGGCAGUUACGUCUCAACUGGCUGAGCCAAUUUUACCUCCCCAAGGAUGGCGACGUCCCAGAGGAAGAGCCAGACACCAUCGAGGCCGAGGAGGGCUGCAGUCCUAUACCUCCCAACGCUCCCAAUAUUCCAAUUGAACAACUGUUAAGCAUCGUUGUUCCCCCCUUGGACUACCAGCCGUUCAUCAGAAGGAGAACAGAUACCCCGAUCCUGUUGGACCCCGAGAUGGAGGAGUGCCAGCGGCAGGAACGCUUAGAAAGGAUCCAGGCCUACCAGGUGGAGCGCGAUCUGCUGGUGGAGGAGCGUCAGCAGAGAGCCACCCUCAGGAGGGAACGAAUGCAAGGCCUCCUGAGGCAGUACGAGGACCAGCAGACGGCGAUGGUGCAGGAGCAACAGAAAUUCCACGACACGCGCACACCGCAAAAUCAGAAACCCAACGAAACUCGCAAAUGGCUUAACGACCGCAUAAAAAGGAGAGAGGAUAAACACACGGCGGAUGAAGCCUAAUCAGGCCGCGCCGUUGACGUCAAACAAAUUCGACCUGCAAACAAAGUCUCGCUUGGCCUUGUGCAAGUCUGUUUGAAACUCAGACACCACAUCUCAGGGCUUUAUGUUGUCCCCGCUCACCUGCAAAUAUGUGAAUCCAUCGCUUGUCUAUCGACAAGUCAAGGAUGCAGGAAAAGAUCGAUAAAGUGACUGGAGCAAGAUUCAAGCGAGGCAUCCGCAAUCUGCCAAAGUAAUACAACUUAUGGACCUCAACAUGACUACUAAAAAAAAUAAAUGACUGAAUGAGUUUUGGACUGUCGUUGGAAACCGGUUUCCCAGAGACGCAGGUUCAAACACAGAACGUUUUCUGGCUGUGAAAUGUCAGUGCUCACCAAUGUGCAAUUCUCUUGCACAAAUACAAAACCAAAAUGAACUUAUUGUACUGGACACUCUUCCCUCGCCAUAUGGUGGUUCGCUUUUUGGGGUCUCUCUGUGUGCCGGAUUUCAAAAUCGUACAUAUAUAAUUUGAUGAUGUCAAUUUUUGGCUUUAUGGCGUGAUUUUUGUUCUGAUCAUUUUUCCACACGGGCCGUUACUGCAGACUUACAAAGCGGUGAGCACGAGCGUAAAGAGUGCAUAAAAGACAGAGAAUCUCCAAAGUUUGGCAUCAUGUCAUACUUGGGGGACGGGGGGGACGGGGGCAGAAGCUAAAGUACAACGUGUCUCCUGCAAAGCAGAACUGUCUUGCGCAACUGCGGCGUCUACGGUAAAGUAAAUAUCGUUAGCUAAUUUGAUACAGCCUACAAACCGCUAGUUAGACUGAAUUGAAUCUACGAAUCUACGAUCGCUUUAUUGAGCAAACUGUAAAAUAUGCACGUUCACUUCAUACGUUUGCCGACUCCGACGUCACUCAACGGGCCAGGCCCCACCACACACAUUCAAAAUCAUACGUGUAAAGCUUCAUAAAUGUGUAUAAAGUAAAUGAUAUAUGUUCACUACUUUGCGGCUUUUUCUUUUCUUUUUUCUUUUUUUUUUUUUUUUUGGGACUACUGUACUCAAAUCAUGUAAUAUUCUUGAUUUUUAUUUUUAUUUUUUAUAUUUACAUUUGUUUUCACCGGUAGAUUCGUAGUGGUCCAUUUAGAACCCUGACUUGUUGCUCUCGUGGGAUUUUAGUCGAUUAUAUACAGAGUGAUUGGAGAGUAACUCUAUUUUAAGACGAGGUCAUCUGGGUUCAAAGGUUUGUGUCAAUCUCUACCUAUUGCAAAAAUGAUUUCUCCCUCUCUCGUGUCGACACAUAAUUUGUGUCCAUGCAAAACCGAUCAAAAUACAAACUGAAUUUCAUUGUAUUGAGACCAAUUCAGCCUUGCAUUUUCUUCCGCCCCAGUAUACACAUGAUAAUAUUCAGCAAACUGUUUGCUCUCUUGAAGGUCGCUGUAUUGACUUGAUGCCCCAAAGGCAUGCUGGGUACACGUCCCGCUCCAGCUGCUGGUUUGUGUGAAAAGAAGUCCCCCUUACCCAAGACCAAAGAUGGUCAACUUUAAAUAAAACCUGUAUAUGGCCAUUUUUA